UUAUUUUGUCCGGUUUUUCUGGUCGUGUUAUUUCAUCUUCGUAAAUGAUUCGUGAAUUAUUUUCUUGUUUACUCGUUUUUUUUCCUUGAAACGUAAUUUAUGUUCAUAAUUCUAAUCAGUGCCGAGUUGUAAAUUAAAUAUUAUGAAUCUUUUACAAAAAAAACAUCUUAAAAUGACAAUCUUGGAUUGACAGCAUCACAAAGUUCCGAGUGCUUGAAAAACAUCAGUGAAAAAUUAUUAGGGCUUUGAAUUGGUGCUUGAAAUUGUUGUGGAUCGGAUGAUGUCAUGACAACGGUACUACAAGUGCUUCAACAACCAGGAUUUACACAGUUUAGUGUAACUUGCACAGUGCUUCUAAACCCUAAUCAGAUUAUACGCUUUACUUGACACCCCCCGAGUACCUGUUCACUGUUUAAAGAUUACCUUUAUUAAGAGAUCAGUUACGGUGCAUAUUACAUCACUAGCGAUUGCCAGGGAAUUUCAGUUUUUACGUUUUUUUAGUUCCGUGUAGCGUGUACACGUGCAGACUCCUCUAGCUAGUUGUUGUGAAUUUCGUCGAAAUCGGUAAAGCUGCUGCGAAGAUUAGUGCGUAAAAAAAAGACCGAGUCAUAAGUUUAGAAAAUAACACUGAUGUAGAAGUGUUUUAAUUUAUACAUUAUAUUGCAAUCGAUUUAUAAGCAGUAUCGUAAUAGAAUAUAUUUUUUAAUAUUAUCUACUUAAAAUAUAUAUCGAUACUUUUUGGCAGUUCAUGUAUCCGGAAUUCACGUGGCACCGCUAGUGUUGUAAUAUAUGUUGCUUUCUUGUGUUAGUGUUGUAAUAAAUGUUUUUUACCAGUGCUAGUGUUGCAAACGUUCAGUGUAUAUGUAAGGUCGCGAUGCUAAGCGAGGGGUGCUUUUGACGGGGCCAGUGCUAUGAUGUGAGUGGAGAUGUCGAAGGUGCUUUCGGCGCUCGGCGGCGCGCUGCCGGACGAGCGGCCGCUGCUUUCGCUGCAGAUUGUGGACAGCGUGGCCAAGUGCCCUGCGGGGUACGUGCCCGUCAGUCGCACUUACGACGAGGACGCGGACGCGGGUCUGAUGCGCCAGGCGGGCCUGUUCGGCAAAAAGCCCAGCCACUACAUAUGCCUGUCCAAAUCCGAGGGUGUGCCCGGUUACGUGAUGGACGGAGUUGUGGUGCUAGGGGAGCGUGAGGCCACUCCGGCAGGGUACAGCGUGGCGGGGCGGUUGGGGAAACGGAGGCUCUGCACGCGGGUGUCGAGAAAAACACCUGGGCCUGCUCCCCCUUCCCCCCUCGUCACUGACGUCAUAGUAUGCUCGAAAAUGAGGACUGCGCCGCAAGGAUUCAUUCUAGCUGGGGAAAUCAAUGGUAAAGUGGUGUGCUACAAAGUGAGCGGCGGCAGUGCUGAUACGUCGCCGACGCACUUCCCCAACGACUAUGAAAACGUGGUUACGAACCUCACCCCCGAGGCGGCGAGAAGAUUAAGGCCCGUGCCAGACCGACCUCCGAAACUGUCGCCCCUCGUGAACGAACUAAACAAUCUCAAUCUCAAAUCGCCAUCCGCGUACCCCAACAUAGAGGAGUUCGUAACCGACCACGACUACGAGGCCCUCAGCCCUGCGUACAACCUCAAGCCAUCGAGGCCAGCGCCCCGGCCGCCGUCAGCGAAGUCCCCGAUCCCGCACAGCAGCCCCGGGCCUACUUCCCCGGCGGCUGUGGCCCGGAAGAAAGGCCCUGCACCGCUGCCCAAGGCGUGUAAUUACCAAACUCUGGGAGGCUACAGCGGUCUGGAGGGAGUGCCUUUCGUGCUGAGUCCCAAGCUGCGUGGAUUGCCCAAUGAUACUUUAAUGCAGUUACCAGUGAUCAAGAAUCGGACCCGCUUCGACCUCGAUCGCGACUACUCUUACAACUUCGCCGUCGAGCGUCAGACGUGAUCCGACCCAAUCUGUCGCACUAUCAACAGACGAUCCAACUUCGGUUAUCACGCAUAUGAUCGGAUUGAACAUUGAUAUUGGCUGGUUGGUAUGGUCUAGAUCGGGGCAUCAAAUGUAGUUGGAUACAUACGAAGCUUAAUUUUAUUUCUCGUUCUGUGCAUUUGUAUGGCAAACCAGUGGGAUAUUCCCUAAUUUGUGUGACUUGAAUAUACACUUUCUCACCUUAACUUAUAUUUUAGGGAAUAUAAGCUUGGAAAAUCAAACCAAUUUUGUCCUCACCUAUACUCCAUAUUCUUUCAAAUAAGUUUCUUUUGUCAGUUUUUAUUUUAUUUUUAAUGAAAACACUACUAAUAUUUUAAAAGUUCAAGGUUUUCAAGUAUGACAGUGCAUUGAUGAUCUAAAACAAGGCCAACCAGAGUCGGCCAGCGUAAUCUAAGUUGGUUCGUCUGUUGAUGCUAUAACAUAACAUUAGACUGAGAUUAAAGAAUGAAUUGCAUGAAUAUUAAAAUUGCAUUCUUUAAAAUUACGUAAAAUUAUUCAAACUAAUUAUUGGACAUGAGAACAUUUUUUUAAAUUACGUGCACUAAUAUUAUAUAAAUCAGUCGAUCUUUUCAAUCGAUAAACGUUGGUGGUAAAUUGGUUGAAAACAAUUAUUUUAACAAAAUUGACAGGACGGUGUGGUCGUGGAAAGAAUCCUAGAAUUAUGACGCAUUUUCGUUGAUCGAUAAGAAACUUACCCUAAAAACACCCUAUAAAAAUAUUAAACCAAAAGAAGCACUUUUCCAUACAUCGAGUAUAACUAUUUUUUUUCGGGGUGACAUAGUAACUGAUUUCCAAAUGCUUGUAUAAUACUUAGGUGCAGUUUUUAACAAACGAAAUUAAGACCUGUCAAUUUCUUUAAAAGAUUCGACAGCCGACUUAACACGAAUAUUUUUGUCUAAAUUUUAAGAACUUGCAAAGUUUUUUUUUGUAUAAAUGUUUUGUAUGUUUUUUACAAUAACAGAAAAGUUAAAUCUUUUCCAUUUGUGCCAAUAUAUGAAAGUUACUGCUACAAAUAGUUUCCAAUUAGGAAUAUGUAAUUAUAUUAUUAUUUAUUUGUAUACAAUUUUAUUCAUUCACGUACCUUAAAUACGAGUAGCCAUUUUUUGUAUUAAGACAUAAUGGUUGUAAUUCACUUCGAACGAUUCAUAGUUAUACAAGAAUUCUAUUGAACAGUAAUCAUGAUUUAGUUUAGCAUAAUUAUGCAUUAAAAUUUAACUAAAUUAAAUGAAAUCUUUCUUUUA